AUGGCUACUAUGCCAGUAAAUCCAAAACCGUACCUUAAUGGUCUUAUGGGUAAAACCAUAAUCGUUAAGCUUAAAUGGGGUCAUGAAUAUAAAGGAUUUUUGGUGUCCACUGACAAUUAUAUGAACAUUCAACUAGCUAGUGCUACAGAAUUUGUGGAAGGUAGUGAACCAGCUCUAUUGGGUGAAAUUAUGAUUAGGUGUAAUAACGUUCUUUAUAUCAGGUCAGUUGAUGAUGAAAAUGAAGAGGCUGAUGCAGAGAUGAAAGAAUGA